GGGAUUCCGACCCCUGCCGGGAUUCGGGUGCCUCGGACCCUCAAUACCGAGCCGACCGCGAGGAGGCGGCGGCGUUGGCGCGGGGAGCGUUGGUGGAGGGGGCGCCUCUGCGCGGCCCCGAGACAUGGCUCAUAACAAGAUCCCACCACGGUGGCUGAACUGUCCGCGGCGCGGCCAGCCGGUGGCAGGAAGAUUCUUACCUCUGAAGACAAUGUUAGGACCAAGAUAUGAUAGUCAAGUUGCUGAAGAAAAUCGGUUCCAUCCCAGUAUGCUCUCAAAUUAUCUAAAGAGUCUGAAGGUUAAAAUGGGCUUGUUAGUGGAUUUGACAAAUACUUCGAGGUUCUAUGACAGAAAUGACAUAGAAAAAGAAGGAAUCAAAUAUAUAAAACUUCAAUGUAAAGGACACGGCGAGUGCCCUACAACUGAGAAUACUGAGACAUUCAUUCGUCUCUGUGAGCGGUUUAAUGAAAGAAACCCACCUGAACUUAUAGGUGUUCAUUGUACCCAUGGUUUCAAUCGCACUGGUUUCCUCAUAUGUGCCUUUUUGGUGGAGAAAAUGGAUUGGAGUAUUGAAGCAGCAGUUGCUACUUUUGCUCAAGCCAGACCACCAGGAAUUUAUAAAGGUGAUUAUUUGAAAGAACUUUUUCGUCGCUAUGGUGAUAUAGAGGAAGCACCACCCCCACCUCUUUUGCCAGAUUGGUGUUUUGAGGAUGAUGAAGAUGAAGAUGAGGAUGAGGAUGGAAAAAAGGAAUCAGAACCUGGGUCAAGUGCCUCCUUCGGCAAAAGGAGAAAAGAGCGGUUAAAACUGGGUGCUAUUUUCCUGGAAGGUGUAACUGUUAAAGGUGUGACUCAAGUAACAACUCAACCAAAGUUAGGAGAGGUACAGCAGAAGUGUCAUCAAUUCUGUGGCUGGGAAGGGUCUGGAUUCCCUGGAGCACAGCCUGUUUCCAUGGACAAGCAAAAUAUUAAACUUUUGGAGCAGAAGCCAUAUAAAGUAAGCUGGAAAGCAGAUGGCACUCGGUAUAUGAUGUUGAUUGAUGGCACAAAUGAAGUUUUUAUGAUUGAUAGAGAUAAUUCAGUGUUUCAUGUUUCAAAUCUGGAAUUUCCAUUUCGUAAAGAUCUCCGUAUACAUUUAUCAAAUACUCUCUUGGAUGGGGAAAUGAUUAUUGACAGAGUAAACGGACAAGCCGUUCCUAGAUAUUUGAUAUAUGACAUAAUUAAAUUCAAUGCACAGCCAGUUGGAGAUUGUGAUUUUAAUAUUCGUCUGCAGUGUAUAGAAAGAGAAAUAAUAAGUCCUCGACAUGAAAAAAUGAAGACUGGGCUCAUUGACAAAACACAGGAACCAUUUAGUGUCAGAAAUAAGCCAUUUUUUGACAUCUAUACUUCAAGAAAGUUACUUGAAGGAAAUUUUGCCAAAGAAGUCAGCCAUGAAAUGGAUGGACUUAUUUUUCAGCCUAUUGGAAAAUACAAACCUGGUCGAUGUGAUGAUAUUUUGAAAUGGAAGCCUCCCAGUCUAAAUUCCGUGGAUUUCCGCCUAAAGAUAACAAGAAUGGGAGGAGAAGGGUUACUUCCUCAGAAUGUUGGUCUGCUCUAUGUUGGAGGUUAUGAAAGACCCUUUGCACAAAUCAAGGUGACAAAAGAACUAAAACAGUAUAACAACAAAAUUAUAGAAUGCAAAUUUGAGAAUAACAGCUGGGUCUUCAUGAGACAGAGAACAGACAAAAGUUUUCCUAAUGCCUACAACACUGCCAUGGCUGUGUGCAACAGCAUCUCCAACCCUGUCACCAAGGAGAUGCUGUUUGAGUUCAUCGACAGAUGUGCAGCAGCUUCGCAAGGGCAGAAGCGGAAACAUCAUCUGGACCCCGACACAGAGCUCAUGCCUCCACCACCUCCCAAAAGACCUCGCCCUUUGACCUAAGACCCGCCCCUGACUCAAGGAUUGAGAGGAAAAAUGAGUGGGAAAAGAUGCUGUUGCCCCAUUUUUGCAGCCAGAGAAAUUGGAAAAAGAAGUGUGGCUUGAUGUUGAUACACAUUUUGCAUUUAAAAAAAAAAAAGAGUAUUGUAGCCAGCCUGUAAAUAUUUGAUGCAUUUGUUUCCUCAGUGCUGCAAUACCUCGUGGACUUUAAACGUUUUAUUUAUAUCUGAUAAACUCAGCCUUACCUUGUGAAUCUGAAGAUUGAAAUAUCCAAAGGUUUAAUCGAGAUUGAAAUCAAUGAAAAAGAGGCCUUGUUUGUAUAUGGAUAACUUUCACCUUUAAUUUAUAAAGUUAGGAAUCUGGAACUGUGAGCGCAGAAAACACUGUAUUUUUUAGAAGUUGUAUUUCAACUAUGAUAAAUUUUCCUUUUCAAAAAAAUCUAGGCAAUGGCAUUAAACAUUCUUGCUAUCAUUUAUCAUGGAUUUCCUACAUUUCUGAGAUUCUUGUAUUCAAAAUCAAAUGACAAGGUUGUUAAGUGUUGUACUAUAUGGAACACCUUGGUCUGGCUUAUAUCAUUUUAAGUUUUUUUUUUGAAAUGUUAAAGUAAAAAAAGUAAAGCCCUGUUUUUGUGAGUUGCAUCCUUUUUAAAGGAAGUAUAUUGAGUAUUUUCAUGUUUCUAUUCUUGGAACUAAAAUAUCAGUGAUCCAGUGUGUCAUUCUGGCAGUGGUUUUGAGUUACUUCCUAGAACUUAGAUAUCCACCACCGGGUCCCUUUUAUGUAGUGUUCUCCUGGGAGACUCCUUUUUUUUUUUUUUCCUUUUAAAAGAGCCAGGGCUACUUCUGCUUUACCUCCGUGGUAUCGGCACAUUGUAAAUUACAUUAAAACACAUAACUCACUGUGAUUAUGGGAGUGACAUCAAAUACAAACGAUGUUGUGUUAGUUCCCUUGAACAAAAUGGCAAAGGACAUGCCAGCUGACUCCUUUGAUUAGAAGGUAAUGCCCAUGGAAUAGAAUGCUGUCACUAGAAGCCGCUCUCCCACUGCUAGAUAAAUGCGGAGGCAAAGAGUAGACAUCUGUAGGAACUAAACAUCAAGGAAGCCAAGACAUUGAUUUUCAAAGCCAGAAUUCUAUCUCUGUUCUGUGCUGGGGAUGCUAUUUCUGUUACACACCUGAAUUUUACAACAUUUACUGAUAGAUAAUGGAUUUAAAGAGCAGCUAAUUGGUCAUCUGCCAUUGUUGAGAAGUUGUGUUCUGAUUGGCUUGUGAAGGAACUCUGAGAAUUAGCCUACUAGAGGCUAAGGUAUUUAUUUUUAGAGGUACAGGUUUUAAGUAUGUAUAUUUAAAACAA